AUGAAAUCUUUUAAUUAUCAAAUACGCCUUGUAUUAAUAGGAGCGCAGCAACUGCGUGAUAUAAGUACAAGAGGGAAACUUGACGCAUUUGCUCGUAUCUAUUAUCAAGACACAGACUAUAGAACUUCUACUCUACAUGACUGCGGAAAGAAUCCCACGUGGAAUUGUAGUCUAUCCUUUUCUGGAAGUUCAUCCAAAAUCCGGAUUGAAGUUUAUGAUGAACGGCUGCUAGGCGAAAAAUACAUUGGAGAGUGUUUGAUUGACUGCGAGCUGAUUCCUCAGGGGUUUCAUCGUUUCGUUAUUCCUCUCACAAUGAGGGGAGUUCCCAACAGCUCUUUGGGAACCGUUCGAGUGAACAUUACCGUUCACUGUCUUCACAAUUCCGGUGAUUGGCGAACCUGCGGUUAUGAAGAGGAACUAUCGUCUAUCAUCAGCACUCCCAAAUACGCAUCUUGCCCAGUUUUAAAUAUCACAUCAAUUCCUGUAUUCCGCGUGGAAGAUCCGCUACCACCUGAUCUACCAGUCCUUGCUACGAAUUCUUGUGGAGAAUGUCCCGUUUUGAAGUGUGGCGUUCCGCUCUCCCAGCAUCCGGAACUGCUAAGCGGGGGAUCGAUGCAUCGAUCCCCCUCUUUCGGUGCCAUGUCUGGGAAGCAUCUUAAUUCUCCAAGAGGAAAUGGGAGAAUGCAGCAAGCACGGCCUGUUUAUCCUCCUCGAAAAGCUUCUGGUAGGCAAAUGGCUCAUGCUCGUGCCAAACGGGCUUCUUCUUCGCCAAAUACUAAAUAACUGUUCAAUACUUUUGUCCCAUGUGUCUGUUUAGUGGAUCGCA